UACUCUUGGUGAUGGGGGUGACAGCCGCCUGGAUGGUUCCUGUUGCUGUCUCCCCGCUCCCUGAAUCUUCCGGAGACUCUGCAGACCUUUCUACAACUGGAACACCCCCGAGCGCUGGAAAUCCGAAUCUUGAACCUUUGGCUCUUUUCAUCUGGAAUAUUGCCACUGAACAGCGCAAACGACAGCUGUGCGAUUACUUUUCCAUGUGCGAUGGGACGUCAAAUUCACUGAAUAUGUACAACAUGGAGCUGUCACAGAUUCGAAAGAGAGAUAAAUGUUUUGAGAGCAGUUUCCAGAAGAAAAAGUGUUUGAUCAGGAUUGUCAAGGGAUUUCAGGACUAUAAGAAGUAUCUCCAGUUUGUGCGUCAAAGGAUUGUGGGUGAUAAUUUGCAAGUGGAUGCAAUGCUGAGCAGCACAAAGAUUUUGGUUGACCUGCUCCCACUGGAGAGCAAAAUUCGCGAACGUAUUGCCCAACAAGAUAACAGUAAUGAAAAGACUUUCAAUCUGGAUGAAUCUACUAAAACAGACUGGGAUAAGCAAGUGACAGUUCAUGUGAUUCUUAGAAAUUUUGCUCUCUUUAUGGAGAGUACUAUUCGAGCCAUUCGAUUCAUGCAAUCAGCACCUGCAACAGCUUUAUGAUAGCCAGGAUAAUACUGUAUGAACAUUUUUGUUCAUGAGUUCCUGAAUGAUAUCUGUUUUUAUAGCAGAUAGCAGUAUUGUUUUAUUUUCAAAACCAGCAGUAUUCUUUUAGUUCAGUUCUAUGAAAUGAAAAAUAAUAAUCCACAUUUUGGCUAUUUAUGAUAUUUCUAUUUAAUAUUUAUUUAUUUACAACUGUGCAUUUAGUGUUAUGGAGUCAGAAUUCAGUUUUGUAACUGCUCCUCGCCCAAAUCUACCAAAUUAUAUAUAUUUGUACUGCUGCUGUAUUAAUUGUAAUUGUAAUUGAAUUGAAAGUAAGCAAAC